AUGGCAACCUUUCGCCGCUUCCGUCCUGACGAUGUCAACAAGUUCUCUAAAUGCAACCUCGAUCCUUUGACCGAGACGUAUGAGCUGGCCUUUUACCUCCAGUACCAUGCCAAAUGGCCAGCCAUGUUCCAGGUGUGCGAGGACAUGAACGGCAAUAUCAUCGGCUACAUCAUGGGCAAGCUGGAGUCAUCGCCCGACGUCUACAAAUAUUCCGAACACUACCUUCCCUGGCAUGCCCACAUCACCGCUCUGACCGUUGCGCCAGAAGCGCGAAGACUGGGUAUCGGCAAGAUUCUCUCCGAACAGCUAGAAGCCGCAGCCGACGCCAACGAUGCCUGGUUCGUUGACCUCUUUGUUCGCACGAGCAAUCACAAGGCAAUUACAUUCUACAAGAGCAUGGGCUACAGCGUCUUCCGCGUGGUGAAAGAUUACUAUGGCGACCAUGCUACAGACCCUACCCGAGACGGCGAGGAUGCUUAUGACAUGAGGAAGCCAAUGAAGAGGGACGUCAAGCUCGAGCAUAUUAGAGACGAUGGGGAGAAGCACGAGGUUGACCCAUCUGAUGUCUGGUGA